ACAGCUCUGAGGGGUCUGUGAUGGAGAGACAUCACUUCGCUCAGGCGAUCGCCAUCAUCAACUCGCAGGGCUGCAAUAUCUUCGAACAGUUCAACAGGAAGGACUAUCAGAGGAUGCUGGAUCUGAUGAGAGACAUUAUCCUGGCCACCGAUCUGGCACAUCAUCUACGAAUCUUCAAGGAUCUCCAGAAAAUGGCAAAAGAUGGAUAUGACCCCAAAAACAAGCACCACCACGACCUCCUGACCUGCCUCCUCAUGACCUCCUGUGACCUCUCUGAUCAAACCAAAGGCUGGACCACCACCAGGAAGAUUGCGGAGCUGAUCUACAAAGAAUUCUUCUCUCAGGGAGACCUGGAGAAAGCCAUGGGGAACCGACCCAGUGAGAUGAUGGACCGCGAGAAGGCCUACAUCCCGGAACUCCAGAUCAGCUUCAUGGAACACAUCGCCAUGCCCAUCUACAAGUUGUUGAAAGAUCUGUUCCCUCUUUCGGAGGAGCUCUACGACAUCGUGGCGGCCAACCGCGUCAAGUGGAUGCGGGUGUCGAACAAGUUCACCAUCAGGGGCCUGCCCAGUAACAACUCAUUGGACUUUUUGGACGAGGAGUACGACAUCCACGAGAGCAUGGAGGAGGACUACAAGAUGAACGGCUGCCCCGACACGAAGGGACUCAACGGCUCGGUGACCGAAGAAUAACAGGCGUCUCCUGAUUUCCCCCCACCCCUCCCCCUCGCCGAGGGGCGAGCUAUAGUGUCAACUCCUCCAGGUGGUCUGUGUGCCGUGCCAUGUUUGUCACAACGGUCCACAACGCGGAGCCCCGCCCGUGCCGCCCGUCAAUGCUCUCCAUGUCCGGCCGGGGGCAAAAGGAUCAGCACUGCCAACCUCCUCUCACCUCAAAGGACAUUUCAGGCUCGGAGGUGUGAGGGUUAAACGUCUGCGAGGAUUCAGACCGCAGCCAUGGACUCUCCC